AUGAAUCCAACAGACGCAAUCAUCGAGUUGGUGGUACCGGGUUAUGUCGGAGAGACGACUCAUCUUAAAGUUCACCGUGGUGUUCUCUGCAAGAGCUCGAAAUUCUUCCAAAACGCCGUAAAGCCAGAAUGGACCCACCAAGAAGAGAGAGUCAUCAACCUUCCGGAAGAUUUGGCGGACACAGUCAUCAGUUACGUCAAAUGGCUUUACUGUGACAAGCUUGCGAUCAGUCAAGUCCUACCGCCAGACGCCCUCACGCCCGAGAAGAAGACUGAAGAAAAGGACAAAAUCUACGUGUUGCUUGCACAAGCAUACGUCUUCGGAGAGAAGAUGAUGGAUGUGAAGUACAAGAAUUUAGUAAUGAAGGUCAUAUACGGGCUCGUGGGCGUCUUUCGGAAGUCUAUGGGAUCGGAAAGCGUCCGCAUUCUAUAUGAUGGCACUCCUUCCGGAUCUCCACUACGACGUUUCAUUGCCGAGAAUAUUGCACACAAGGCCUGGGAUGACUCAGAGAAGGGAGCUGGCUGGAUGAGGUUCUUCGAAGAAUGUCCAAAAGACGCUUUGACGGAUGGGAUGAGGGCGAUGGUCAAGGUACGCCCGAUAAAAGCCGAUUCACUUUCUGAGGUCUACUCUUACCUUGAGAAAGAGUAG